AUGACUAAAAGAAAGGUUUAUAAGAAACAUUUUAAUUACAACAUUGAUUACUCUGUUAUAACCGCUUUACAUAGUAGCAAACUCAGGAGACUUAGAAACUCAUUUAUUAUAUACAGAACUGUUAUUUACUACUACCUUAAAGUCAAUAAUUUCACUUAUUCUUGCUCUGCUGUCUCUAAGUUGGCAAGCAAGUUGUGGAAAAACGAGUCAAAAAACAUUAAAAAUGUAUAUAAGCAAUUGGCCAAUGAAGCCAAAAGAAGUUCCAAGGAGACCGGAAUUGUGAAUUGCACGGAAUCGCAAUCCAGAAUUAGCAAUACAAUUAUCAACUCACCACAAGAUAUUGCCACAAUUGUCAAUGAUAACACCUUUAGCGAAGGUUCACGAAAUUCAUAUACCGACUUAUUGGCUAAUCAUUAUAAUCAGAUUCAAAAAUUAGAAAGGAAACUAUCUGAUACACUUAAGAUAAUAGCGUUAAUGAAUAAAUUAAUUAUUGAAGCAUAG